AUGAGUAAAAUUGGUACGCUGGGUGCUUAUUGUCAUUUGUUAUUUGAGCUUUUAUUUGAUUCAAGACAUUUGGAAGACUUAACUGUUUAUCAUUGUUGUGUUUUAAAAGAUGAUAUAAUUGCAGAAUAUAAACAAGCAGUUGGUACAAAGAUCAGAUGGUUGUCAUUUACUUCCACAACAAAAGAUCGUAAAACGGCGGAGUUUUUUGGUUAUAAUGCAUUAUUUAAUGGUGAGCUCGAAACUCCAGUUCUGUUAUUUCAAGCCAGUAUUUUCUUAGAGGGUCAUUGUAAAAGCAAUCGUCUGGGAAUUAAAGAUUUUUUAUUGUAUGACCACGUCAAUUUGUAA